AUGAAUGAGACGGGAAAGGAGGAGGAGGAGGCUGGUGGUAGUGGUGGUGGUGCUGGAGAGAGUGAUGAUGAGGACGAAAGGCAGAACCUGUUUGCCCCUGGAAAUGACAGCGACCGCGAAUUCUUGAUUUUGGCAAAGCAUGCUCUCGUGCUCUUCGAAAAAGGUCUCUUCCAACUAGGCGUCUCUAGCGACUGGCCUGGUCGGGAAUUCUUGGCAGUGGCAGCCCUAAAAACAAUGUGCAUUGAAGCAAUUUGGGGGUGCCAUGUCUAA